GCUGCUCCUGUAAUGUUGCUGCUUUUCUGCCAGCAGGAAAGCAGUUAACCGGAAGAUGAUGACAUCACGGAAGCUGCUCGGCUGCUGAAACACAAGAGUAGGAAAAAUUAAACUAUUGGCUAUCUGAGAAAUUAACUUUUUAUUAUCCAACAUGUCAUAAACCAGUAAUGUUUUACACUGUAUUGGCAUUCCUCUUUGUGGCAUCGGUCUCUGUCGGCGGUGUUCACGGAGUGGACUGUAAACCCGGCGAAUACAAAACCCGUGACGAAGAGUGCUGUCCUAUGUGCGAAGCAGGCUAUGUUGUCCGUAGAGACUGCACGCCAGAGUCCAGUACGGGAUGUAUCAAAUGUGGGAGUGGGACUUACAUGGACAAGCGGAAUGGUCUCACAAAAUGUUUGACCUGCACUUCCUGUCAUCCAGCUGAAGGACUGCUUACCCAACAGGAGUGCACCCCAACAAGUAACACAGUGUGUGAUGUGGUAGAGGGCCAUUUCUGCAAAAGCUCCACACUCGACACAGGUUGUACUGUUGCAGAGGUACAUAGAAGCUGUGCGGCCGGUCAGAGAAUUAAAUCACCUGGAAACAAAACGGCUGAUACAGUGUGUGAGGACUGUCCACCACGCUAUUAUUCGCCGUAUGGGAUCACCUGCAUUGCGUGGACGAUUUGUUCAGAGACACAAAGGACGAUUGAAGAGGGAAGCCCUAGUAAAGACUUUGUCUGUGGAAAUGCAGAAAGACAUCAUUAUGUUCUAAUAGCAUCAUUUUUACUACCAGUAAUUGUAUUUGGAGUUGCUAUCUCAGACGCACUAGUUAUGUUAACACAUCAAAAACAUUUUUUGUUAUGGAUUUCAGGCAGACGAAUGACAGUAAAAAGAAGUCACCAGGGGGCGACGUGUCAAGAGGCUUAAUCAGCCCAGUUUCUACCCAGUGCUCUUUUACAAACAGUGAGCUGAAACAUCUCAGUGUUUUGGACUAUGAAUCUACAACACAGCAGCUGUUCUCCAGGAGUUCUUACAGAUAUUCAAAGGCUUCAGAUCAGUCCUCUUGCUGUGGCUACUUUUUGGAACACGAGGGAGGGUACUAACAGCUUUAUCAUCUUUACUGUAUUUAUUGUAUUUAUUAUCAAGUCUAUUGAGUGUUUUGCAAGAUUUAACUUCUUAACCCUCCUGUUAUGUUCAAAUUUACUAACAUCUUUUAUGUUUGGGGUUAAUUUGAGCUCAGCAGUUUAAACCUCCACAAAAUUAUUAUAAUUAAAGUUGUUACCAAAG